GGAGUGGUGCUUGUCCCUAUUGGUUCACCAACAAGAGUCCCUCCUUCUCUCUUCAGACUUAAGUCACUUCCUAGGCUUACCUGCUACCAACACAUCUCACCAUGAAGAAGAGAACUAUCGUCAGUGCUGCAAUAGGAGGAGUUGGGGCUGUGAUUGCUUUUCCUGUUGUCCUGGGUGCUGUGGGCUUCACUGGGGCAGGAAUUGCAGCAGGAUCCAUGGCAGCCAAGAUGAUGUCAGCAGCAGCAAUCGCCAAUGGGGGUGGAGUUGCAGCAGGAAGCCUGGUAGCCAUAUUGCAGUCUGUGGGGGCUGCUGGACUUUCCACAACAUCCAACAUCAUCCUGGGCUCUGUUGGGGCAGUUGUUGGGGCAUCUGUCGAGGAAGGUGUUGAAGUCUUGCUUGAAUUUAUUAGACGACAGUUGAACCAAACAAAGAAUAAGAGAAAAUAGUGUACCCCCAAAUGAGCCACCAAAACCUACACUGAAGUCAGAGAAAGAUGAAAAAUAAAGGUCUUGUACUGGUGUUCUUA